AUGGCGGACCGACAAACAGUGCAGCACACUUUGAACAACCUGCUGCAUAAGCUGGAUGAUCCCGAUCCGGACAUGAGAUACAUGUCCCUCAACGAUCUUCUUGGUCUCCUGGACAACCCAAACUCCUCAUAUCUGGCCCAUGACCAGGUUUCCGCCUCGAAGCUGGCCGAGGGCCUCCUCAAGGCGCUUGAUGAUCAACACGGCGAUGUCCAAAACCAAGCACUGAAAUGUCUUGGUCCCCUCGUUCAUCGACUGCCAUUUGAGAAUCUCGCCUCUAUUCUCGAAAAACUCACCAACCUCACAGCCUCUCAAACCAUCGAUACAUCCGUCCCCAAUACCGCUCUGCGAUACAUCGUCACUGCUCUCCCUCGCCCUCAGGCUGGACAAACUCCCAGUCAAGAGGCCACUUCGGCUUACUCGGCGGUGUCUCGUGUGCUCAUACCUCGUCUGACCGGCCCCAUACCUUCCCCCUCCAGCAGAAGAGGGUCUGUAGUCAAGGGAAUGCUCGAGAAGGACCCAUCCAAGGGCUUCAGUAGUGAUGCCAUUGACGUUCUUAUUCAAGUCGUCACUUGCUUCGGACCGCUCUUGCAGGAAGCUGAGCUGACCGCCCUGCAAAACUCCGUCAUGUCCAUUGUCGAUAACGACACGGCUGGUACCGUGGUGACGAAGCGCGCACUGGCAGCCAUCUCAGCCUUGGUCCUUCAUUUCUCCGACCACCAGCUUAACCUCUUUGUGAAAGACCUCACCAAAAAGUUCAAGUCUCAACCCACCACGAUUCACCAACGUCACCUUGUCGCCACGGUGGGCAGCAUAGCGAAGAGCGCCCCCGCAAAGUUUGGCCCCUACCUUCCAACGCUGGCGCCAUUCGUGUUCUCGGCCCUUGGUGAGGAUGCAGUGGCCCCACGCGUCUCCUGCUCGCCACAGCUGGGUGGCAGCCACUGCCGUGCCCGCAUUGCGCUUUGGACUUGUGUUUAUGUCAGGGCCAGGCCAAUCAGUCAAAAUGGGCAUGUUUUGAUGAGGAAUAUCUGGAAGCAGGGUAUGUGCCUUCGUAUACACUUUACCAGUUUCAGAGUCGGCACUAUGCGUAUGCUGAACUGGGCCCUCCCCUUCUGGGGUCUUGCGGCGUGCACGACUGCCCGGAACAUCAUCACUCUACAGUCGAGCCACCAAGUGUCCCCAAUCCUUCAUCGCCCCCAGGAGGAUGUUAGCAUUCAACCACUUGCAGGACGUGCACCAGCUGGCAUUCGAUGCGGCUCCGGGGUCGGCAAAUGUCCAGAGAAACUCUGCUGCUCCACCGCCGAUUCCAAGGACCACUGCAGCUCGCCUGACUGCCAGAUCGACUACGGCUAUUGUGACGCGCACAUGACCCCAGGCGGAUCCUCCACCGAAGACAUUCCCCGUCCCCUUGAUGGGACUGCCCUUUAUGGACCUCAUAUCAUUCGAUCCUGCACUGUCCCGGGUACUGUCGCUCUAACCUUCGAUGACGGUCCCAAGGAGUUCACAAAGGAUCUACUCGAUCUUCUUGAUCGGUACGAAGCGAAGGCGACCUUCUUUAUCACCGGCAACAACAAUGCCAAAGGCUUGAUUCGACGUAUGCAUGAGAGUGGCCAUCAGCUUGCCAGCCACACCUGGUCUCACCAGGAUCUUAGCAAGAUCUCACGUUCCCAGCGUCGCAUUCAGCUGUUGUGGAACGAAGCCGCUCUGCGGAACAUCCUGGGAUUCUUCCCUACAUACAUGCGCCCUCCCUAUUCUAGCUGCACGGCCGAGUCCGGUUGCUUGGCGGAUAUGGGGGAGCUUGGCUACCAUAUCGUUCUUUAUGAUAUUGACACAGAGGAUUACAAGCACGACAGUCCAACGGAGAUCCAACGCUCCAAGGACAUCUUCGACAGUAGUCUGGAUGCUCGGACUGCUUUUGACCGCCCCUGGCUUGUGAUUGCUCAUGAUGUCCAUGAGCAGACGGUCCACAACCUGACGGAGCACAUGCUAAAAAAGCUUAUCGCCGAGGGAUUCCGACCAGUGACGGUGGGUGAGUGUCUGGGGGACUCUCCCAAGUACUGGUACCGUGAAGACAACACUGUUGAUGGCCGCAACUCGAGAAAGAACGUCUUCCAGGAUUCUUCAAAGAUAGUCUCAUUCGACGGGAUGUGUGGCGGCAAUAUUACAUGCGAUGGGUCUCGCUUUGGGCCUUGCUGCAGUGGCACCGGAUUCUGCGGCAAUUUGACCACGUUCUGUGGCGAGGGUUGUCAGAAUGAUAAUGGAAUCUAUCACGCCGACUUCAGACCAUCUAGCAAAGUCAUUUCGAAGGGCAAGCCUGCCAAGUCGGGUGCGAGUCGUAUGCUCCAGCCUUCGACAUUUCCCAUCGAACUUGCGGUACUGCCUUUGCUCGCUCUGCUGAUGGGAUAG